CGGUGAAUAUUAACACGCGCGUUCUCACGCUGAAUUGAUAUCCUGCUCUUUGUACAAUGGACUGAUAUAGUGUUAGAUCAAUAUUGUCGUAUUCUUGCCUGCGAUAUUAAAAAGGGUUUCCAACACACUAUUCGAUACCACUUUCAAGAUGAAAUAAUUAUGUGGUCACGUAUUUGUCAGGUAUCAUGCGAUUGUAGGAGGAUUACGUACGAAUUACAAAAGUCAUCAACCUAUGCACCUUUGAACCGGAAGUAAAUACUGAAUGUAUACAAAUGGCUUCGGAUUAGAGGAUGAAUUAAACCUGCCUUUGAUUAAAAAUGGAAUACAGACAGCAUGAAAACACACACCUCGGCAGUCUAGCGACAAUUUACAUUAUUGCUGUGGUACUUCAAGUUCUAAGUUGGGGAUCAGUGUGCUCUGGAAUCACAUGCCAAUACUGUGAGACUGUUUCAUCGCUAGAAGAAUGUGAUUCAACACGGGAAUGUGCGUCAAAUGAAAUCUGUAGAACCGAAAUCCGGAUCCAUUCUUUAACCUCGACCACGUAUCGAAUGUAUUGUCAGCAAGAUCAAGCGUGCCUCAACGAACAGGGCAUUUACGAACCUCAAUGCACAAGCAAUACCGGGUCUGUUUGUGUGACCUGCUGUGAUACGGACCUCUGCAACGCCCCAUCGGCCAAUACCGGCACUAACCAGCCCACAAUUGCAGAUGCAACCACAGUACAGGGAACCACCGCCGUCCCGGAACCAGCGACAACUGUAACAGAAACAGCGACAACAGAUGUUACACCGACACAACCUCCCACGACGUUAACAGCUCGUUCGAGUUCAACACACCUUAGCUCAUUACUCUACAAACUCUACAGCUCAGCACGAAAGAUCAAACCUCAGCACGUCUUAAGUACGAGUGAAACAGGCUCUGUCAUCACAUGCGCAAUGACCUGCGCACAUACUCCAAGUUGUCAGUCAUUUGGAUACAACAAUGAAGAUGGAUUGUGCUAUACAGUUGGAUCCCCUUCAGAUGAACUAACAUUUAGUAUCGCAGAAAAAUGUAACCAUUACAUCCUUGAAAUUUGAAAACAUAUCGAAAAAAGGGAUAGUAAUUUAUAUUUGAAAAUAUUUAAAAAUGGCAUUUCCUAUUGGAAUUGGUGGAAUGGGAAGGGGGUGGUGUAAAACGAGUUACGUCUAUCCGUCAAAACGAAUGGUUGGAAACGAGUGUGGGCCAUUUUAACAAUGAUUACAUUUAUUGAUUGACCGUGCUUUGUAUGACUAAGGAAUACUUUUUGACACUUACGUGUACAAGUUUUGUUUUGUUCUUGUUUGGGUUUUUUUUUUUGCUUUUGAAAUAAUAUCAUGGUCAGAAAUGUUAAUGAUUUCUAUUUCUCAUUAAUAUAUAUAACUAAUGGCAAACAGAAGUGUUACAAUAAUGCUAUGACAAAAGUCAGUAUGAAAAAUUAACCAUUGCUCGAGGUAAUGGUCAUUUGCAACAAUAACUACAAAUAACUACAAAAUAUUGAUGUCUUCUAAGUUUCACCAACAUCUCAAAUGGUUAUUACCAUUUUCAGUUUUCAUUAUUCUGAAUCAUCUGACUGGUAGUUGAAUCGAAUUUGUUACAUAUGUUUUUUUCAUAAGCACUAAUACCCCCUUUACACCAACGCUACGUCCAUGUAGUUUUCGCUACGUCAACGAGAAAUAGUCAUGACGCAGUGGGAACUGCUACAGCGUACUGAGAGCGUAGCAAGAACUGCCAUUGAUGUGGCAUAAUCCGCAUGAUCUCCCGAGACCCAUUUUUCGCUACGCGGACAUCGAUCAUGUCCAAACUCCACUUACAAGGAGCGCCGUCUGGACAGUGCGUAGUAAUGACGCAGCAAGGACCUCCUUAGUAUCCACUAAUACCCCCAUUACUCCAACGCUACGUCCAUGCAGUUCUCGCUACGUCAAAGAAAAAUUGCCAUGACGCGGUGGGAACUGCUGCAGCGUACUGAGAGCGUAGAGAAAAAAUGUUAAUGACGUGGCAAAGUCUGCAUGAUCUCCGAAAACAAAUUUUCCGCUACGUGGACUUUGAACAUGUCCAAAGUCCGCGUAGCGGAAGCGCCGUCUAAACCGAGUGUAGUAAUGACGCAGUAAAGACCUACCAACAGCUUCAUAGACGUAGCGGACACCGAAAGAACGUGGCAACAACUCUGUCCAUGUCUACUGUACUG